AAUUAAAAAAAAAAAAACGUCUUCCCUCUUUCAUGCUGUUUGCUCUUUUUUCUGCUUUCUUUUUCUCUCUCAGUAGAGUUGUCAUAGCCUCUAUUUGAACCGAAAUAAGCAUCUCUAUUGAUUUUUCCAUUUUUAGCAAGUGGCAUUCAAGGAGUGUGCGAAUCAGUUUUAAUGUACCAAAAUGGCUGGGGUUGCAACUGAGGAGUUUGGAGUGGGAGGGUCUGUGGAGGGGGUAUCAAGAUCAGGGGAAGCUUUGGUAGAGUGGCGGUCUUCCGAGCAGGUUGAAAAUGGAACACCUUCAACCUCACCCCCUUUCUGGGACUCUGAUGACGACGACGAUGGUGGACUGAAACCUUCUGAAUUAUAUGGAAAGUAUACAUGGAAGAUAGAGAAUUUUUCACAAAUUAACAAACGAGAACUUCGCAGUAAUGCGUUUGAAGUUGGCAGCUACAAGUGGUACAUUUUAAUUUAUCCACAAGGCUGUGAUGUUUGCAACCAUCUCUCGCUGUUUCUCUGUGUUGCUAAUCAUGACAAACUUCUUCCAGGUUGGGGUCAUUUUGCUCAGUUUACGAUAGCUGUCGUGAAUAAAGAUCCAAAGAAAUCAAAAUAUUCAGAUACUUUACAUCGGUUCUGGAAGAAAGAGCAUGAUUGGGGAUGGAAAAAGUUUAUGGAGCUGUCAAAAGUUUAUGAUGGAUUCAUAGAAUCUGACACACUUAUAAUAAAAGCUCAAGUUCAAGUUAUCAAGGAGAAAGCAGACCACCCUUUCCGUUGUCUUGAUUGUCAGUAUAGAAGAGAACUUGUUAGAGUAUAUUUGACAAAUGUAGAGCAAAUUUGUCGCCGUUUUUUGGAUGAGAGACGACAAAUGCUAGGGAGGUUGAUAGAGGACAAAGCUAGGUGGUUAAGCUUCCGUGCCUUCUGGUUGGGGAUUGACCAAAAUAACAGGCAUGGAAUGUCCAAGGAGAAAACAGAUGUGAUUUUGAAAGUAGUUGUGAAGCACUUUUUUACAGAGAAAGAAGUGACAUCUACAUUGGUAAUGGAUUCACUUUAUAGUGGAUUGAAGGCUCUAAAAGGCCAGAGCAAGAUCAAGAAAGUGAAGUCAAAAGUAUUUGAUGCUGAAGAAAUGCCAGCUCCAAUUGUUCAUAUUGAAAAAGAUAUGUUUUUGUUAGUGGAUGAUGUGCUACUUCUCCUAGAGCGAGCUACUUUGGAACCACUACCUCCAAAAGAUGAGAAAGGUCCUCAGAACCGAACAAAGGACGGAAAUUCUGGAGAGAAUCUCAACAAGUAUUCAAUUGAACGUGAUGAAAGGCGUCUUACGGAAUUAGGUCGCAGGACAGUGGAAAUAUUUGUUCUAGCUCAUAUUUUCAGCAAUAAAAUAGAAGCUGCCUAUCAGGAGGCUAUUGCUUUGAGAAGGCAAGAAGAACUCAUCCGUGAAGAAGCUGCAUUGCUGGCUGAAAGUGAGCAGAAGGCUAAACAAGGAGCAUCAGAGAAGGAGAAAAAGUCAAAGAAAAAACAGGCUAAGCAAAAGCGGAAUAAUCGGAAAAGCAAAGAUAAGGGGAGGGAAGAGAAGGCUAUUGUCGCAAUUCAGGAAAAGCACCAAGAAGGCCAGCCUGAGGAUGGGAAGGAAGCUUCUAUGAUGGUGGAGCAACAACCAGUGUGUGAAAAGGCUGAUGUUCUAGGUGAUAUUUCUGAUGUCUCCGACUCAGUUGAUGGUGCCAUUGAAGUUUUUCCGCACGACUCAGUAGACAAAGAGGCUAGUCCUGUUAAUUGUGAUACAGAUACUUUAGAAAUUCAUCCUCCCAUAGGAUCCAGUAGCAGUGGCAUAACUGGACUAUCUUGUGUGCAAAAUGGAGUAGCUGAUAAGAAAAGCCCAUCUAUAAUGGAAGAUAGUUCAUCAAUGUGUUUAACAGACUCAUUAUCAUCAGCAGUUAUGAGCCCCUAUAAAGGGAACUCAUUUUCAAACAACCACAACAAAAAAUCACCAAGCAGGGGAAAGGAUCAUCAAAGUAAAACAUCAAGUGAUGGCAAUAUUUUGAUUAAAGAAUUUGGUAAUCCUUCUUCUUGUCCUGCAUUAGAGGCUGGGGACCGAAAUGAUGUUUCUCAAAGUAGUAAGGCUGGCGAAUCCGUGUCUGAGGCUACCAUUCCCUCAUUAUCAGAUCAAAGAAAGUGGGUUGAGCGGGAUGCUGUUAGGAAGGAAGAAGUUUUGCUGCAAAAGAAGCCAAUCAUUCAAGAUCCAGUUGAUUUGGAAAGACCUAAAGAGAAGACGACUGCUAUACCAUCCUCUCCAAGAAGCCCUCCCAGAAGUCCGCCACCUACUGCUCAGUUCAGGUCAGAAUACAGGAGUACUGGCAGUGUAGGUUCUAUACCAGUUAGGAAGACAUCAUCAAAUGGCCUACAACGGAGUGAUCUACCUGCACCUUCUAGCACAUCAUUCCAAAUGAAUGGUUUAUUGAAGUCCGAGACUCAGAAGCCUGCAACUUUGAAACCUACUGAAAAAGCUACGACCCCACAAGAACCUAUGAUGUCUAGGCCAUCCAGUGCUCCUCUAGUUCCUGGUCCCAGGCCAACUGCUCCUGUUGUUUCUUUGGUUCAAGCAACUCCUUUGAUUGCUCACACAACUAGUACAGCUGGCUAUUUAGGUCCCGACUCAUCCGCAGCUACUAGUUAUGUUCCUCAAUCUUAUAGAAACGCCAUAAUGGGUAAUCAUGUUGCUUCUAGUUCAUCUGAUUUUACUCAUCCUAACUCCCCUAGCUCAGGGGUCAACCCAUUGCCAGUAUACUCGCAAACACCUCCCUUGGUAUCUACACCAGUGUAUAUACCUCAGAGCUCCGAUAGGAUAGAGCCAAAUUCUGUUCAAUCAGACUUUCCUUUUGGCAUGGUAGAUAGGAAUAUCAUGCUGAAUGCAUCCCAGUGGAUGGACAAAUCUCAAAGGGAUGGCACUAGAAGUAUGCACUUGGAUCAUUCUUCAUCGCUUAGUGAGAUCCAAAAUCUUAACUUGUAUAAGUCUCUGUAUAAUGGAUCCCGAGAACACUUUUCAAAUGAGUUUUCAUCCUGUACAUCUGGACGUCAGAGCCAAUGUGUCUUGGCAGACGAGUUUCCACAUCUUGAUAUCAUCAAUGACUUGCUUGAUGAGGAACACAACGUUGGGAGCAUAGGUAGGACCGGAGGCUUCCAUGUUCUUAGCAAUGGGUCACAUUUAUUAAGCAGCCAUUUUUCUUUUCCAUCCAAUUUGGGCAUGUCAGGUGAGAUGGGAUCGUCAUGUGGCUCAUGCAGGUUUGAACAAGCACGGAGCUACCAUGAUGAUGGGCUCCAGCACAGUUUUAAGAGCUCAUCAGGCAACCAUAUUGAUACACCGAGGGAAUUUACUCCCCAAACAAACCUCCAACCUUACACCAACGGACAAAUCGAUGGACUGGUUCAAACUCAAUGGCCGAUGGCCUCAUCCCAUUUAUCUUUACUUCAGAUGAGAAACACAAAUGGUGACAGUUACCCGUACUACAAUGCCAAGUAUCCUAAUCUGGCAUGCGGUGUCAACGGGUAUGCAACAGUAUUCCGACCUUCAAAUGGACAAUGAAAAAGGUAAUCAAUACGGAGUUCGCCCACAAAUUCGAUUGUUACCUAUUUGAUGUAAUAACGUGUUUGUUGGGUCUUAGAUUUGGAGUGAUUUUGUAAUCUUCGCAUAAUGUAAAAGAACAUAUUAUAAAGAGUGUUAUUGCUCUCUUUGCACCAAGCAUUUCUAGUUUUUAUUAGAAAUGAAGCUUUGGCUCAGAUUUUAUGGUUUCA